CACUUUUCUUCUUCUGGAACCGCAGGUACGCAAAGUGCUUCCUCUUCCUCGCCUAUCUAUUUGUUCUUGUUUGCUAGUCCAUGACGGAGCUAUCCGCCAACCAUCAGGCACCUGCUUUUAUCACUCAAAAGACCUCAGAGCAACAAACUUCUCCCAUCCUCGUACACAAACCUCACUCAUCCUCUGGCCCUCUUCUAUAUCUUGUCUUCACCACACCUCUAGGCCGCAGCGUCAAAUCUACGACAUCAAAUCUACACUUCUCCCUCGUCUCAUCACGGCAAAUUCCCACUUGAUUGUCAUCAUGUGCUGUGGCGAUCUAUUCCUAGGCGUUCUCGCCAUUCUCUUUCCUCCCAUUGCAGUCUGGAUCAAGCGUGGUCUCUGCUCCGCCGAUUCACUGAUCAACAUCCUCCUUUGUGUCCUGGGAUAUGUCCCGGGUCUGAUUCACGCCUGGUACAUUAUCGCCCGCUACCCCGAACGAGAUUACGAUUACGAAGUCAUCCCCGAUAGCGAAGCCCAACGAGUUACUUAUUACUACGUCCGUCACGAACCCGGCCAAGGAUACGGCACACAGCCAGGACAAAGUCCACGACCCGCACAGAACAACACUGCUGGAGCCCCUUUGCCUCCCAACACGACCAAGCCAAAUAAGCCCCGAGCCGCCGCACCACCACCACCACCACCACCAAGCAGCAAUGCCCAAGGGAGCAGCAGUCGACCAGCCCCACCUCCACCAAGCAAUGAGCCUGUCGGUCCCAGUGUAGGUGCUGGAAGCGAUGAACAAGGCGCACCUCCGAGCUAUUCAGAUGUGGUGAGGGGGGACAACAAAAUUCAAACCCAGGAUUAAAGACAUAUGUGUAAACGUGAAACGGGGAAAGGACUAGCAUGACUGAAGAUUGAUCAAAGUGUUAUCAAGAUAUACCUUGGGUGCUCCUAUGAGUGGUUGGCGCUGGUGGGCUUUUUGAUUUUGUUGCAUGACUUGACCUGGAAAUCAAAGUCAUACCCCUGGCUUGGGAAUUUGUCCACCAGGAGGAUUGCAUUGCACUAUACUCUGGUUUCAGCGACACAUCUGGCGUGAUGGUAGGACUACGCCUUUUCGUGGCUCAUGUCAAUCAUGCUAUGAGAGCUGCGAUUAAUAAAACCUACUCUAAAUACCCCACAUCAUAGUGAUUUAAUUCUUUUGCAUACAGACAUGUCAUAUAGGAUUUCUACAAUGACGCAUUACAGCGAUCCCCCGGACCAGGCUUACUUAGCAAGGUUUGAGACUUGAGA